UCCUUGCGGGUGCUUUUAUUGGAUGUGCCGCUGUCAAGCAGUGCUGAAGAAUUGGAAGGGCAAACGCCAGAAAAGGCAGAGAAAAGACAAACAUUAAAUCAGCAUUAUGUAGCUCGAUCUUGCCUUACUUCCGCUCUCGACAACCUCAAAUAAUCCUGCCGUGCCCGAUUUCGGAUCUGAAACUUGUGGACACGGAGCGGUCCUUUUUUUUUUUUUUUUUUUUUUUUUGGGGAAAGAUUUUUUUUCUCUCUCUCUCUCUCUCUGUGUGUGUCUCUCUCUCAGAGCGAUCGCAUUCUCCAGAGGUGGUACCUCACAACAUUACUCUCUGACAGCCUUUACAUCCUUUUUUCUUCUCUCCCUCCUCCUCCAGAAUGACAGAAAAUCGCGGAGCCUGCUAACACUCUUUACUGCACCCGGGUUUGGAGCUCUUAUAUCAGUCGGAUCAUCCUCAGCCGGCCAGCGGAUGCCUGAAUGGAGAUUGCGAGCCAUCCACCAAGAUUUUUUCUCCGCGUCCUAAAAUUGGUGAUUUGGGGCUGAUAAAUGGAGUGUUGUGUCGGGCAGUAUGCUUCACGAAGCUUGUUUGACACCGGAGCCACUGGCCAGAAUAACGCUCUGCAGUGUGAAUAUUUCAGCCUGUUGAUGAUGAACCGCUCAGGACUGGAGCAAAGUGUCGUGAGAACCGGUUUAUGGGCCCGUGUCUUGAGCUGAAGUGGGCAACCGGAUUGUUGAAGAGAAGGAGAGGAGAGGACAGGGGAGAGAGAGAGAGAAGGCAUCAUUUUUGAUGGCUCCGAGGUGGUGGUGGAGGACGACUACACAUGAAACCUUGGCCGCAAAAAAUGGAUAAAACUAUUGCAUGAAAGCUGGCCGGGGAGGGGGGAACUGCAUGGUGUGUCUUAGGCCUACUUGAUAACACUGAAGUUGAAGGGGGGGGGGAGAAAAAAAAUGAGAAAAUGGUGAUGUGGUACGAGGAAGGCGAGAAGAGGAGCCGGAGUGAGGGAUAAUAAUAAUAAAAAAUAAAAUAAAUCCUCCAUGGGGAUCUGAGCAGCGGAAGAAUAACGGAAUCCAAGUUUUCGAGGACAAGACAGCUGCUUUGAUUGAAGCUCUCCAAUUAACUUCAUGUGAAAAACAGAGGGAGGAAAUCAGCUUCCUGGUCGGGGGUGGGGGUUAGAAAAAUAUAUUAUUCAUGCCUUGUGUUAGAGCAAUUGCAGAACCGGCUUUGCUGUGGCCUAGAUGAUAUUUACAUAUAUAUUUAUAUAUAUGUAGCCUAUAUUUAAACAACAAAAAGUAUGAACCUUAGGAGGAAGAGUGGACUUUAAGAUUACAAAAAGAGGGCGAAUGACACUCUUGUAGCCUCAAAGUAAAGCACUUGCGCAAAAAGGAAAAAAAAAGGCUGAAGUGGGUUGAAGCAUGGGCUGUGCUUCAAGUAUUCAUAUCUCUGAUAGGGUGGUCUACCACAGUGGAAAAGAGUCCGAGGAUUCCCACUCACCCCAGCAGACUAAUACCACUCAGCAUCAAGGAAAUCCUGCCUCUGGACUACCCCUAAAACUCCCUAGCUGCAAGACCACAUUAACAGAGGUGCAAUUCGGACCAAUGAAGUUAUUUAAAGACCCACUUCAGGUACUUUUAGUUUUUGCCAAAGAGGAUAGUCAGAGUAAUGGCUUCUGCUGGGCAUGCGAGAAGGCCAACUUCAGGUGCAGCAUGGCGCGAACACCGGAGUCGGCUCUUGAAUGCUUCUUGGAGAAGCAUCAUGACCUCGUCAUCAUUGACCACAGACAUUCCAGACACUUUGACGCUGAAGCACUAUGCCGGUCAAUUAGAGCAGUCAACUCUUCAGAAAACACUGUGAUAGUCGCCGUUGUGAAAAGGCCAGACAGAGAGGAAGCCUCUGUGAUGCCACUGAUCAAUGCUGGCUUUAAUAGGAGAUAUGUGGAAAAUGCCAAUAUGAUGGCCUGCUACAAUGAGCUGCUACAGUUGGAGCAUGGAGAGGUGCGGGCACAGUUCAAAUUGAGGGCUGGCAAUGCUAUUUUCACAGCUCUAGAACAAAGCCAAGAGGCCAUAGAGAUCACUUCUGAAGAUCAAGUUAUUCAGUAUGUGAAUCCUGCCUACGAGUCCAUUAUGGGCUACCAACAAGGCGAGCUAAUAGGGAAGGAAAUAAUAGAAGUGCCUAAAAGUGAGAAGAAUAAGCCUGAUCUCCUUGAAACGAUAAACUCCUGCAUACGCAAAGGAAAGGAAUGGCAGGGGAUUUACUAUGCCAAAAAGAAGAAUGGAGACAGCAUUCAGCAAAAUGUGAAGAUCACACCUGUAAUUGGGCAGGGAGGAAAAAUCAGACACUAUGUGUCUAUCAACAGGCCUUUAAAUGAUAAUAAUAAGACUGAUAAAUCCAGUGAACGUGUGCAGGCAGAGUCUCAGACAGACAUACAAUCCAGUAAGCACAAAGACCGGAGGAAAGGCUCUCUGGAUGUAAGAUCCACAACAUCUCGAGGGAGCGAUGGGAGCUCACAGCGAAGGCACUCGUCAAUGGCUCGUAUCCACUCCAUGACUAUAGAGGCUCCCAUCACUAAGGUAAUCAACAUCAUUAAUGCAGCACAGGAAAGCAGUCCUAUGCCUGUUGCUGAGGCCUUGGAUCGGGUACUGGAGAUCCUAAGGACCACUGAGCUCUACUCUCCACAGCUGGGAACCAAGGAUGAAGAUCCCCACACAAAUGACCUUGUAGGCGGGCUGAUGACGGAUGGUUUACGCAGGUUGUCAGGAAAUGAAUACAUCUUUUCCACCAAACAGCCCCACCAUCUCCCCAGUCACCUGACAACUCCUCUGUCGUUAAACGACAUCCCCCCUCGAAUCGCCCAGACCAUGGAGAAUGAGGACUCUUGGGACUUUGACAUUUUCAACUUGGAGGCGGCGACCCUGAAACGGCCUCUGACCUACUUGGGCCUGAAGAUCUUCUCCCGCUUUGGAGUCUGUGAGUUCCUAAACUGCCCUGAAGCCACUUUGCGCUCCUGGCUACAAGUCAUUGAAGCGAACUACCACUCGAGUAACUCCUACCACAACUCUACCCAUGCAGCUGAUGUCCUGCAUGCAACGGCCUAUUUUCUCUGCAAGGAGAGGGUCAAGCAAAGUCUGGAUCCCAUUGAUGAGGUGGCCGCCCUGAUUGCUGCUACCGUGCACGAUGUGGACCACCCAGGCCGUACCAACAGCUUCCUUUGCAAUGCAGGAAGCGAGCUGGCCAUCCUCUAUAAUGACACAGCUGUACUAGAGAGUCACCAUGCCGCACUGGCCUUCCAGAUCACCACGAGAGAUGAUAAGUGCAACAUCUUCAAAAACAUAGAAAGGAAUGAAUAUCGAACAUUACGACAGGCCAUCAUUGACAUGGUGCUCGCAACUGAGAUGACCAAACACUUUGAGCAUGUCAACAAGUUUGUCAACAGCAUCAACAAACCACUGGCUGCUCUGGAGGAGAAUGGGGGAAACAACGAUGAGGAAUCUGUCAAAAGCAUCUUGACAUCCCCCGAGAAUCGCAUCCUUGUCAAGCGGAUGCUGAUUAAAUGUGCAGACAUAUCCAAUCCAUGUAGGCCUCAGGAGCUCUGUAUAGAAUGGGCUGGACGAAUCUCAGAGGAGUAUUUUGCACAGACUGACGAGGAGAAGAGACAAGGUCUACCGGUGGUCAUGCCUGUGUUUGACAGAAACACUUGUAGCAUCCCAAAGUCCCAGAUUUCCUUCAUAGACUACUUCAUUACAGACAUGUUUGAUGCAUGGGACGCUUUUGCAGACCUCCCCAAUCUUAUGCAGCACUUGGACAACAACUUCAAGUAUUGGAAAGGCCUGGAUGAGAGGAAGCUGCACAGCCUGCGACCACCUCCCGAGUAGGUGCUGCAGUGUUUGUGCCCUGGGACUCUGUAAUCUGAGGCAGACCUCUCUCUCUCUCUCUUGGCUGGGGGGGGUCUCUCUCCCUGCCAGCCCAGCCAGCCAAGGGGCUUCCUCGCCUUCACUCUCCUGCUUCCGUAGCACACCGAGCGUCCACAUGUCCGUCCAUACAGAGAACCACAGAAGGACUUCCUUCCUGACAGGCAGUUGCAGCUGUAAUGCUGCGGGCUUUACGAGCCUGUCGUACGCGAACUGUGACAAACAGACACGGACACGCAGCAUCCUUACGAACUUCUUGUGCCUCUCAGGCAAUUGCAGUGUAGCUGGUCAAGUGACAUGACUGAAAGAGGGUCAUUACCGGUCUUCUGGCGAAGCACCCGUCCCUCCCCGAUCGCCACGUGGGCACUCCUGUCUGCCUGUGAAGUUGCUGUUUGAGUAAAAACUGCUUGUUUACUGAAAAGACUCGAUGGAAGCGUGGUCUGGAUGAAAAAAGGUAUCUUUUCAAACCAGGCCGUGAAAUCACUUUUGACCUCCAUUCCUGUGCUCGCAGCAAGGCAGGACUGCUCUUUCAACCCCCUGGAGGUCACACCAUGAAAGAACACUCCACUGCUUUUCUUUGUUUUUUUUGUUUGUUUGUUUGUUUGUUUGUUUUUGUUUUGGGGCAAUAUUCACACGUGUCCGAGAGAAACCCAACCAAGUUGACACAUAGCUGUCUUAGCAGACAUGUGAGAGGAGAUGCUUUCUUUAUGGGUCGGGGGGGGUGGACCUUUCUCUUAGGCCACCGCUGAGAGACAAAAACCUCAACAUCACAAUCGUAGGUAUCUAACUGCAGAUGAUUUGGUGUGUACAUUUUUCUUAAGAUGUUCCAUAUUUUCUAUAUAAAAAUUCCUAAAUGAAUUAGUUGACGAGAACAAAAUGAAUUUAUGAAGAGCAAGAAAAGCCAAAGCUAAUGAAGACAAAUACUACUAUAACUCUCGAAAAUUCACAAUUAUUAUUCAUAUGAAGCAUUACCAUAUUAAACUUUUGUUUUUAAUUUUCUUAUCAAAAGUACAGUACCAGUUUGAAUGAACACUUUUGUAUUGCACUGUAAACAAUAUUAGAAAUGUCUACGUCUCAGUGAUUUGUCCAGGGAUGGGAUGUUGCAUUGGAGAAUAAGCUGUUAUUGUUGAUCAUCGGGAGUUUGCGUGCGUGCGUGUGUGUGUGUGUGUGUGUGUGUGCGCGUGUGGGUGUGUUUUGGUUGUUGCUGCGAGUGCGUGGGUGUAUUCAUUGUUGCAACAAUCCCUUGCUCUUGGUUUAAUGCUGUAAACCGCUUGACAUUUGACAACAGCAGAAAUAUGUGAAAACAUUUUGGACUUGAAAAAUUUUGUCUCCCAGAAAUUUUUGUAUCUGGUUUAUCCUACUGAAAAGACUGCCUUAUUUUAUACAAUAUUUAUACAGUACAUCCCACUGUGCAACUGCAACAGACAUCUGGAGUUUUUAUUAUGACAUAGUCAGAAGGUUAUGUUCAAGGAAAUCUCAAUAUUUUUAUAGACAAUGAAUUUUACACUGGAUUUACAGCAAAAGAGAUCAACCAUUAUAGCUAUCUGAAUACUUUUGAAUGGGAUGGUCACGCAGAGCAUGUAUACAGAGAACUAAAUGGUUAAGAAGGAUGUGGAUCGCAGAGUUGUCUAUCACUGUCUUUAAGCAGUCUCCUGAAGGCCAGCUUGUAUUGAUUUUCUUUUUCUUUUUUUUCUUCUUUCUUUCUUUUUUUUUUUUUUUUUUUUUUUUGGAUCAAACAUCAUUCUAUUUUGGCCACUUGUCCAACAUCCUUCUGCACAGACCCAGGGAACAGCUUUUUGUUCAAGGUUGGAUUCAGAUUAGGAUACUAAUAUAUGUUAAAGAUUGUCGCUUAUUAAGAAUAUUUCCUCUUUAAACAGUAUAUUAAAUGCCAUAACAGCUAAGCAAAUGGUGGUUAACAAGAUGCGCUGACCACGAUUAUCGUUCUUUCUCUCAAAUGACAGAAAUGUACACGCAAUCAGGGGAUUUGUUUGUUCCUUCUGAUACACAUUGGUCUGAAGGCACGGGAAAAAAAUUUAGAAACUAUUCAAUGAAAAAUAAAAUAAUGUCAAUUAUAUAUUUAAUGUCUAUGAUUCAA